AGAUUCCAGUCAAAGAGGCAGUUAGGCCUCGACGUGAGCUUUGACGGUGACCUAUCUCCUCCUUUUCCUCUCUCUCUCUCUUUCUCUCAACUCCGGGUUUACAGUGCAAGAGACGAGAUUGGAAUCUGGGAGAUUUUAUUAGUAUGAGCAACAAAGAUGAGGCUCUACGAGCCAAAGAGUUAGCAGAAGAUUGGAUGAGCAAGUCAGAUUUCACAACUGCUCGUAGAAUUGCUUUAAAGGCUCAGAAAAUGGAUGCAAGUCUGGAGAAUGUUGUUGCUCGCAUGAUUAUGGUGUGUGAUGUGCAUUGUGCAGCAUUGGAGAAAUCUGGGGAUGAGACUGAUUGGUACAAGAUUCUCCAAGUAGAGCAAAAUGCAGAUGAAAAUAUCAUUAAGAAACAGUAUAGGAAGCUUGCCCUUCAUCUUCAUCCGGACAAAAACAAACUCCCUGGUGCUGAAUCUGCUUUCAAAACCAUUGGUGAAGCUCAGAGGAUUCUUUUGGACAAAGAUAAAAGGAGGUUUCAUGACAUGAGACGGAAACCCGUUUUUAGGCGGCCUGCACCAGCACCAGCACCAGCAACGUCAUUUCAACCCCAACAAGCCCCGACCACGCCUUUUUUCACUCAGCGUGUUUUCCAGACAAACGUUAAUGCGGAAAGGAAGAGACCUGAAAACCAGAAGAAACCUCAAGUUCAACCAACUGUGUUUGGUGGUGACUCCAGGUUUUGUACCUCAUGCCCUUUUUGUCACAAGAAGUAUGAAUAUCAAAGGGGAUUAAUCAACACACGAAUGAAUUGUAUGAGAUGCGGUAAGCAAUACAUUGCUAUUGAAGAAAACUUUGAGGGUCCACCAGUUCAGGCGACUUUCCCCUUCUUCCAACAGAGCAAGGUUCCAACACAAGAGGCAGGCAAGGCAGUGGAGAAGCAGCCGCAAAGUUCUUCUAAAAGUUCUUUAAGUAAAGAGGGUUCUAGAGCCAAAAGCUCUGGUGUUUCGGCUGAGAACAUCAAUGGAAAGAGAAAGAGGAAGAAGGUAGUUGAAUCCAGUGACAGCUCUUGCAGCGAGAGCAGUAUUGAGUGCAAAGAAGUUCCAGCUGGUGGACAAGAUUCUGGGUCCAGCGGUGCACAGCAUUCUCGGAGGUCAGUCCGUAGCAAGCAGCAGGUUUCAUAUAAAGAGAAUAAGAGCGAUGAUGACAAUAAAGAAGAGGAUGCAGAAAGUGCUGAGGAGUCUGAUUUUAGAAAGAAGUCACAUGAGGAUCAACUGUUUGCAGAAACCUUGCCAAAUGGUAUAAACAGGACGAAGAAGAUAAAAGGAGACCAAGUGGGAAGCUCUCGGGAUUCUGGUGCCUGUAAUGCAGCAAAGGAUUCAAGUUCAGGGAGUGCAUCAGAUGCCGAAAUUGAGUGUACUGAUCCUGAUUUCAGUAACUUUGAGAAGUCGAGGGAAGUGACGUGUUUCAAAGCUGGUCAGACAUGGGCAAUGUAUGAUGACAUGGGUCGAAUGCCUCGAUACUAUGCCCUCAUCAGAAAAGUCAUAAGGAAACCUAGUUUCAUGCUCAAAAUACAAUGGCUAGAGGCUAGACCAGAUGAUGAGAAAGCAAUACAGUGGGUUCGUAAAAAAUUGCCCAUCUCUAUUGGUAAGUUCAAACUUGGUGGAAAUUUGAACAUAGAGAAAACUCCAUGUUUCUCUCAUCUGAUCUACUCUAGAGUAGGAAGCAUGAAGGAUACUGUCAGAGUAUACCCAAGAAUAGGAGAAACAUGGGCUCUCUUCAAGAACUGGGACAUCAAUUGGUCCUCUGGUCGUCGGCGUUCUUCCCAUGAGCAUGAGUAUGAGUAUGAGUUUGUUGAGAUCCUGUCAGAAUAUGUUGAAGGGGUUGCAAUAGAGGUUGCGUUCUUGCGUAAACUAAAAGGCUUUGCAAGUGUAUUUUGUCGAAUUGCACCAGGUGGUGGAUUAGACACAAUUCAGAUUCCGCCUCAUGAGUUGCUUAGAUUCUCCCAUAGCAUCCCCUCAACCAAAUUGACAGGAGAAGAAGGAAAUGGCGUUCCCAUUGGUUCAUAUGAGCUCGAUACAGCUGCAUUACCACAUAAAAUUGAAGAAGAAGAAGCCGUUCCUGUAUUACGAGAAGCUGCCAAGUUGAACCAAGUCCAUCAUCACUCUCCACCUUCAUCGGAGCCAGACUGUAUCGUCAUUCCUAAUUUCCAGUUUAACAACUUCAGUGCUGAAAGAUUAGAGGGAAAGUUUGCACCUGGUCAGAUAUGGUCAUUGAACAGCAAAGAGGAUGGCUUGCCCAAGUGUUACGCUAAGAUUCAGCAGAUAGUAUGGAGGCCGGUAUUCAAAUUGCAGAUAAACCGGCUAGAGCCUAAAUCAUUUCUUGAGAACAUUAUACAGUGGCAUGACAAAAGAAUGCCAGUCAGUUGUGGAAAUUUCACUUUGAAGGAAAGCCGGGACGAGACACUCACUAACGUGACUGAUUUUUCACAUCAGAUUAAGGCAGAAAAUCAUUUCAGGAAAAACGAGUACAUUGUCGUCCCAAAGACCGGUGAAAUUUGGGCAAUGUACAAGAACUGGAGUGAAACAAUCAAGGCCGCAAGCUUGAAGAAGUGUGAAUAUGAGGUUGUUGAAGUUCUUGAUGACAAUGACAGCCACAUAGAGGUUAUGCUGUUGGAACGGGUGGAUGGGUUUAUUUCGGUAUUCAAGGAAAAAGUGGAAGGAGGUAUCGAUGUCAAGAAGAAGAUCCCAAGGUGUGAAUUGUUGAGAUUCUCACAUUAUGUUCCUGCAUUCCGCUUAACUGGAGAGAGAGAUGGAGCUCUUAGAGGCUAUGUUGAGCUCGAUCCAAGUGCGUUGCCCCGUAACUUGCGCAGAUCUUAGACUAAUUCUUGUAGGGAGGUUUGUUUCUUUGUUAGUACUAGUAGUAAUGGCUUUUACAUUUUCUCGAAAUGUGUAGUUUUCAGUUCUAGAUUCAGACGUUAACUUCCAUCAAAAUAUGUGUUGGUGAAAAAACCUUUUCGCUUAUAUGUGCCUCUUGCUCUGUCUUAA